AGGCAACGGCCGGUACUGCGGAGCUGAGGCGCAGCGGAGGCGCAGCCGGCAGGACGGGAGCCCGGCGAGCUGCAGCCAGGUGCUAAGAAAUGGCACUUGUGGGGCUCAUCUCUGCCUGAGAAUCAGCACUGAAAGAGCUGACUCUGAACUUCCAACCACUGCAGUCCCCAAGCUACUCUUUUUCUCUUAAUGAUGGGUAUUGGUAAGAACACUACAUCCAAAUCCAUGGAGGCUGGAAGUUCAGCUGAAGGCAAAUAUGAAGAUGAAGCGAAGCACCCAUCUUUCUUUACUCUUCCGGUGGUGAUCAAUGGAGGGGCCACGUCCAGUGGUGAACAGGACAAUGAAGAUACUGAGCUCAUGGCAAUAUAUACAACAGAAAACGGCAUCGCAGAAAAGAGCUCCCUUGCUGAGACCUUGGAUAGCACUGGCAGUCUAGACCCCCAGAGAUCAGAUAUGAUUUAUACCAUAGAAGAUGUUCCACCCUGGUACCUGUGCAUAUUUCUGGGGUUGCAGCAUUAUCUGACAUGUUUUAGCGGCACCAUUGCAGUGCCCUUUCUGCUGGCCGACGCCAUGUGUGUGGGAUAUGACCAGUGGGCCACCAGCCAGCUCAUUGGGACCAUUUUCUUCUGCGUGGGAAUCACGACUUUGCUGCAGACUACUUUUGGAUGCAGGUUACCCCUGUUUCAGGCCAGUGCUUUUGCAUUUCUGGCCCCUGCUCGAGCCAUCCUGUCUUUAGAUAAAUGGAAAUGUAACACCACAGAUGUUUCGGUUGCCAAUGGAACAACAGAGCUGUUACACACAGAACACAUCUGGUAUCCCCGAAUACGCGAGAUCCAGGGAGCCAUCAUCAUGUCCUCAUUGAUAGAAGUGGUCAUCGGCCUCCUAGGCCUGCCUGGGGCUCUGCUGAAAUACAUCGGGCCCCUGACCAUCACACCCACGGUAGCCCUCAUUGGCCUCUCUGGUUUCCAGGCAGCAGGAGAGAGAGCAGGGAAGCACUGGGGCAUCGCCAUGCUGACUAUUUUCCUAGUAUUACUAUUUUCUCAAUAUGCCAGAAAUGUUAAAUUUCCUCUCCCAAUUUACAAAUCCAAGAAAGGAUGGACUGCAUAUAAGUUACAGCUUUUCAAAAUGUUCCCUAUCAUCCUGGCCAUCCUUGUGUCCUGGCUACUCUGCUUCAUCUUCACAGUGACAGAUGUCUUCCCUCCUGACAGCACGAAGUAUGGCUUCUAUGCUCGAACUGAUGCCAGGCAGGGUGUGCUGCUGGUAGCCCCGUGGUUUAAGGUCCCAUACCCAUUUCAGUGGGGACUGCCCACCGUCUCUGCAGCUGGUGUCAUCGGCAUGCUCAGUGCAGUUGUUGCCAGUAUUAUCGAGUCUAUCGGGGACUACUAUGCCUGUGCAAGGUUGUCUUGUGCCCCAUCACCUCCCAUCCAUGCAAUAAACAGGGGGAUUUUCGUGGAGGGUCUCUCCUGUGUUCUCGAUGGCAUUUUUGGUACUGGGAAUGGCUCUACUUCAUCCAGUCCCAACAUUGGAGUUUUGGGAAUUACUAAGGUUGGCAGUCGUCGGGUGAUACAGUACGGCGCAGCCCUCAUGCUCGCAUUGGGCAUGAUCGGAAAGUUCAGUGCCCUCUUCGCCUCCCUUCCAGAUCCUGUGCUUGGUGCCCUCUUCUGUACUCUCUUUGGAAUGAUCACUGCUGUUGGACUCUCUAACUUGCAGUUCAUUGAUUUAAAUUCUUCCCGGAACCUCUUUGUGCUUGGAUUUUCAAUCUUCUUUGGGCUCGUCCUUCCAAGUUACCUCAGACAGAACCCUCUUGUCACAGGGAUAACAGGAAUCGAUCAAGUGUUGAAUGUUCUUCUCACAACUGCUAUGUUUGUAGGAGGCUGUGUGGCUUUUAUUUUGGAUAACACCAUUCCAGGUACUCCAGAGGAAAGAGGAAUCAGAAAAUGGAAGAAGGGCGUGGGCAAAGGGAGCAAGUCUCUCGAUGGCAUGGAAUCCUAUGAUUUGCCAUUUGGCAUGAACAUUAUUAAAAAAUACAGAUGUUUCAGCUACUUACCCAUCAGCCCAACCUUUGCAGGCUACACAUGGAAAGGCCUCGGGAAGAGCGCUAGUAGCCGGAGUUCAGAUGAAGACUCGCAGGCCACAGUAUAGCCGUAGCUCAUCCUGUGGCCUGGCCACAGCGAGGCAUGAACCUGUAGUUCCUUGCUGAGUAACAGGAAGUAACAUAUAUGUUUGUAGAUCUGCAUUUACAUUCUCCACCCCAGAGCUAAGACAGAUUACAGGUAGCUUUUUCUUGUGGGUGUGAUCAUGUCUAAUACGAUGUCUCACCUAUCUUUUUAUUUAAGCCCUUGAGAACAUCUGUUGAUGGUCAUGGUCACUGAAUUUGAAGUUCCUGCUCUCCUGUGGGAGUGGAUGCUUGAAGUCUGCAGUGACUUCUUGUUUUCAGUCCCCUUCUAACACCCUGUGCUAGCUUACUUACAGGCCACCUCCAGGGUUCAGGGGCUUUCUGUCCUUGAAAGCACCAGGACCUGCACCUACAGAGACCUCCUCUGGUCAGGGGGUACCAAUAUCCUUGCAUUGUCACAACUGACUGGUCAAGUGUGAUUUUAUGAUGCCUGAUGCUGUGUGUAGGUGGCUGCUGGCCAGUUGUAAACAAUGAGAUGCUUUACACUGUGCCCAAAUCUGUGCAUGGGUAAAGUCUGUACAGAUAGAAUGGAAAUUGGGGGAUUGGACAGGAAGGGAAAGUACCUUGAAAUCAGUAUCUGAUUCUCAAUUACACUUUCUUGGUGCCACCCUGGCCCAAGCUAGGCCAACCCAUCUCUUAUUGGUCUCCUUUUUACUAGUAGCUGAGACACUCUAUUUGGUAUUUAUCACUCCUGGCUGGUGUGACGGGUAUGGAGUGCCACACGAAGGCACCAAGCAGAUGUUUAUGAGGAUCUUGGCUCUGCUGACAUGUGGAUGUCAGUUAUUGUUGUGUGUAUUUGUAAUUACAAGAUUUUAUUCCUAUUUAAUGUAACUGAUUAUGGAUUUUUUAAAUCAGUGUUUUUCCACGUGACCCUCUUACCUAAAAUCCCUAUUACUUGUCCCUUAUCUCCUAUCCCCCAUUAAGAAGGGAACCAGCAUUUGUGAAAGCUGUGGACUCCAACAGGGACGUUUGUUGUCAUGGCUCUAGAAGGCCAGUAACCAUUAUUGUGGUUGUGUUUUGUAUUGCUUGAUACCAUGAAAGUGUAAAUACAUAAUGCUUAAUCUGUUCAUCAAACUGACUGCUGGACCAGAGCCCAGAAACCAUGAGUUAAGUUAUACAUUGAUUUGUUUUCUGAAGAAGGGAAGCCAGGGCAGGUGACAAAACAGCUGCCAUACUGAAUGGUUCCGCAUCCUGGUAAAUUAAUCGCUGCAGUUAAGUUGCCAUUCACAUCUGGCAGUUAAGGCUUAAGGAGACUUUCUGUGGGUUGUCAUGUUGAAUGUCUGCUGGAUUUUUAUUUUCCAGAGGGGAAGACUAGAUCCCCUGACCAAAUGCUUCCUUUCUUGUUGAAGGGAUAAGAAAAGCAGCUAGCAGUCCGGCUCUGUUAAAUUCUUAUUAAUAACAUUAUUUCUGACAAAAAUGACUUAUUGAAUUUGGUUUGAAAUUUUCAAUCAAAGGAAAAGCCUGAGUGACCUUGUUUCAUGAGAUAGUGCUUCUUAAGUGUUUAUUUACCUGAUUGUUUACAGGCAGUGGGCACAUGGCUCUUAGCAGCCUUGAAUCCACAUGGUGAAUUUCUGGCCCCCACAACUGGCCUCCUUGACUCCUGUAAAGUUUGGGGCUUUAAGGCCUAUUCUGGCAAGAACACUCCAGAGCUACUGCAUUGUUUUGCCAAAACCUUAUUGCAAAUUAAGUAAAGAAAGACUCUAAAUUUAAAUUUGUAUGGGUUUUUUUUUUUGGGGGGGGGGAGCAUAUUUAGAAGCACACUGGUUAAUGAUUUUCAUCCUGUUGACUUGGUAAGCCCUGAAGACUGACAGCCCUAGUUGUCACCUUAAUUGCCUAGUUUAUUCUUUAUAUUUUGCUUAGCAUCUCCAAUUUCUCUCCUCUGAACAGUGGGGAAAACUGUUAAACAUCCCAGAGAUUUGCAGUAUUCUUGGUCUCUAGAUGAGCAGAAUGACCAAAUACCCAAAUGAAAGCCUCUGAACCAUUGGUAAUUCAGGAACAAGUUCCCUUCAGCUUAACUUGACCCAGACAUCUUCUCUCCCAAUGGGU